CUAGCACUGAGGUUUUGGGGCGGUUGCGAGUUGCGGAAUCGACUCCGCCCGCGCCGCCCCUCGAACUGGAAUCCUCUACUGUUGUGCCGCCGUCGUGAUUCGCCGGAAUCGCCGGAACCGACAAGCAGGUACAUCUUCUCGACGUUUGGCGUGCAUCUUCUCUUGUCGAUUCCGCUUCUCCUUUUUCCUAAUCGCCUCGUGUUCGGAUCCGUUUCGAGUCCAUAUCCUUCCAUACGCAAGACGCGCCUCGGGAUCGAAUCGAAGUCGCCCUAGAACUCGGCUUCCGGGUCGGAGAUGGAGCCGCCGACUCGACGACCUAUAUAGCUCCACCGAUCGAGGCGGUUGAUCUUCUUGGGGAUUUCUCACGCCUUGGUGGGAGGGCGAGUCCAAGAACCUGCCAAGAAGCGCGAAGAGACGGUGUGCGCGGCGGCGGCGGCGGGGAGCGAUGAGGAUCAGGAAAGGGAACCAGGUGGAGGUGUGGACGCAGGACGCGGCGUCGCCGGUGGGCGCGUGGCGCGUCGGGGAAGUCACGUGGGGCAACGGCCACUCGUAUACCCUGCGGUGGCACGACGGCGGCGAGGUGUCCGGCCGCAUCUCGAGGAAGUCGGUCCGGCCGCGCCCGCCGCCCGCCCCGGUGCCGCGGGACCUGGACGCCGGGGACAUGGUCGAGGUGUUCGACGACGACGACUGCCUGUGGAAGUGCGCGGAGGUCCAGGGCGCCGCCGCCGACGGCGACCGCCGGUUCAAGCUCAAGAUCGUCGGCGCGGCCAAGGUCCUGACGGUCCCGCCGCAAAGGCUCCGCAUGCGUCAGGUUCUCAGGGACGACGACGUCUGGGUCAAGCUCCACAAGGACAACCAGAUCGCCGUCCCGAGCGCGAUGCCGUUUCACACUAAUGGUGUAAGCGUUGACAUGGGCACGGGCAAAGGCAAAGGCGGCUACGAGCCCAUGCGGCCAGGCUUCACACCGCUGUUGCAGAAGAGGAGCUUCGGCAUGUUGGGUUCUACUUCCAACACAAUCAUCAACGGCAAUAGAUUUGAGGACACCACCAAGAGGUUUUGCGCCAAGGAAGAGCCCAGAUAUGAAGCAGAAGUGAUAGUCCCAAACGUGUUCCUGAACAAGCAGGAUGAGAUGAGCAAUGAAUAUUGUGAUGUGGUUGGAGCAGGCAGUAAUUCUGAUGUUGACCAGCAGCAGCACAUUGAGAACGAAGUGGACAUCGAAGGAAGCGAUAGUGAGUCUGCCUCAUCCUCGGAUGGCAGCAGCAGUAGCAGCAGUAACAGCGACAGCAGAACCAGGAGCAUGGAAUCCGGUGAGGAUUGCGCAGCAGCUCGUGCAAGCAGGCCUUGUAACGAUCAGAAGGUCGAUCAGCUGCAAACCAGAGAGAAAGAACAUUGUGGCAGCAAAGCUGAAUCACGUGAGAUUGAACGCAAGACCCUGAAUGAUCAGAAGGCGACGGUGCAGGAACACAUCCACCGUCUGGAGCUGGAGGCCUACCAAAAUCUGAUGAAGGCGUUCCAUGCAUGCGGCAAGGUGCUGAGCUGGCAGAAGAUGGAACUGCUCAGUGACCUUCGGGUGCAUCUCCAUAUCACGAACGAUGAGCACCUGCAGGUGCUUAAUGUGAUCUUGAACCGCAAGGGUAGAUUUGCAGGAUCUCAAUUCUGAAUCCUUGUAGGAACUAUGCAUUUUCACUCACAUCUUGUAUGUCUGUUUCAGUGGUUACAUGUUUCUACAUGUUUGAGAAAAUGAUAUGCUCCCAAUUUUCUAAUGAAAGAAUAGAUUAAUUCUAUUGUUCUACUAAAACUCUAAUGUUUUGGGAAUAUUUUUUGGUUCA